AUGUCGACGAGUACGGAAGACAUUGUGCAAAAGGCGGCCCAAGCCAGGUCGUUUACGCGCGAUGGGUUUAUAUUUCUAGGAAUUGCUAUUGCCGUCACCCUCCUGAGGACGUACGCCAGGUGGGACAUGGCCGGGUUCAGGAAAUUUCAGGCCGAUGAUUAUCUGGUCUGGCUCGCACUUGUGCUGUAUGCUGGAGAGACGGCCAGCAAUUUUCUAUUCGUCAAAAUCUCCCGAGGGCUCGCCAACAACGACAUGACAGACGAGGAGAGAGCAGCUCUGGACCCUAACAGCGCGGAAUUCAGCAUGAGAGAGAGGGGAUCCAAGGCGAAUUUUGCUGCUUGGCCACAAUACGCAUUAAUAAUGUGGUCUUUGAAGGCUGCGAUGUGCGUCUACUACCUACGUCUUAUGGAAAGAUCAAGAUACCGCAACAGAAUAUUUGUUGGAUUCGGCAUGAUUGGUGUGACCUUCGCUAUCGUCAUAAUCGUCAUCUUCGUCUCGUGCACCCCGAUCACGAAAUGGUGGCAGAUGAAUCCAGAUCCAGGGCCCCUCUGCUACUCCGUGUCCUCCCCGGCCAUCCUGUGGACCUUCCUGGCAUGCAACAUCAUCACGGACCUCUACAUUAUUUGGCUUCCAAUGCCGAUGCUAUUCAAGUCGACGCUGCCCACGCCCACAAAGAUAGCGCUGGCGACUCUCUUCGGCUGCGGUAUAUUCGUCACCAUCGCUGGUAUAUUGCGGGUCACGUACAUUGUCUAUUCGCCCCAUGACCUCCACCACAUCAGCUUCUGGGCUGUGCGGGAAACAUUCGUCGGUAUCGUAACGACAAACCUGCCUUGCAUCUUCGUGCUGGUGAGACGGUGGCUGUCGCCCUUCUUCAGCUUCCUCAGGACGGGCAGUUUCGGCAGCAGCGGGAGGACGAAGAUGUCGAAGCUGUCGCGGCCCAAGAGCGUCUGGGCGGGCCAGAGCCAGGCGAGGCAUAGCACGACGCACAAAUCCUCCACGACUACGGCGACACGGGGAGGUCAGGGCUACCAGAUGGACCGGAUGGGCACGUUCGCCAUGGCCGAGGGCAACAGCAGCCAGGAGCGCAUCGUGCAGGAAUUUCAGGACAACGACGAGAGCGGCUUCGGCUCCAAGCUGGGCCGCAAGGUCACUCUCAAGAGGAUCAGGGGCAACCGAGACCCCAAGGCGGUCGAGAACGUGGUUGAGCACGAGGGUAUACAAAAGAUGGUCGACAUCACGAUCGUGGAGGAGCACAGGCCGGCGGCGACGUACGACAUUUCGGACGAGGAGGCAGGCCGGCCCACCGAGUCGUUCGACUUCCCCGAGCCUCGUGCCGUGGUGUAUAACAGGCGAUGA